GAGUGUGACAAUUGUUGUUUUGAAGGCGCUCAGUGGUGAGUGACUUAGCAUCGAGCCAGCUGCAAACUACCCGUAAUUUAUAUAACUGAACAGGUACAGGAUGCUACGUUUGCGUUGCAAAGCCAAGAACGGGACCCAUCUGAUGCAGGGCCUUACACACCAAUCUUGUGUUCAGGAGCUUAAAGAUAAGAUCGAGGAGCUGACAGGAAUACCGUGUGAUGUACAGAAGAUCAUGGUGGGUUAUCCACCAUCCAGCCUAGAUCUACGCAAUGGUGAAGCCCACCUAAAAGACUACCCUAUAAAAUCAGGAGACACGCUGAUUGUUGAGGAGGAGAAGAACAAACCUAAACCCCAAACGCAAACUGCUGUGUCCAAAGGGCCCAGUCUUGACCUGUCCCCGGUUCUGGAGCGCCACGUCGUCCCUGCCGACAACUCUUGUCUGUUUACCAGUGUGAACUACGUUAUGGAAGGAGGUGUUUACGACCCAGCCUGUGUGCCUGAAAUGCGCGGGCUCAUUGCACAAAUUGUAGCUAGUGACCCCACCGCGUACUCCGAGGCAGUAUUGGGCAAGACUAAUGAGGACUAUUGCACCUGGAUCCGUCGUGAUGACACGUGGGGAGGCGCCAUUGAGGUUUCAAUCCUCUCUAAGUUCUUCCAGUGUGAGAUCUGCGUCGUUGACACUCAGACUGUCCGAGUCGACCGCUUCGGCGAGGAUGCGGGUUACACCAAACGAGUGCUGCUUAUUUAUGAUGGUAUUCACUAUGACCCACUCCAGAAGGUGGUGCCAAAUUCAGAUGUCCCCGCACAAACGGUUUUCUCCACUACCGAUGAUGUAAUCUUGGCCCAAGCGUUGGAGCUCGCGGAUGAGGCGCGGAGGAAGCGUCAGUAUACGGACGUCAACCGCUUCACUCUGCGCUGCAUGGUGUGCCAAACUGGCCUGGUGGGGCAGAAGGAAGCAAGGGAGCAUGCCAAGGAGACCGGCCACACCAACUUUGGGGAGGUGUGAUGCUCUUCGCUCUGUUUUCGAACCCCCGCCCCCACCUUUACCACUGCCACAACACCUGACAUGGUACCCGCUCUUUCACUGCUGCCUGUUCCAGCUUGGUACAGUCCUCUACCUCACAUCGUCUAGCGGCUUCAGAAGACUUUCACUUGUCGAGUUCUCAGAUUGUUCAGUAUUCUUUUAACUUUGCUUUACUCUUGAGGUUGAAGUAUUAAGUGUGCUUGUGUUUUUAGGCUGUUAGCCAGAAAUCCAGAAGCCGUAUCUUCAAACCAAAUUUUAAAGGGAUUCUCCACUGACUACCUGUUUGGUAUAAAGAUUACGAUACUAGUAUUAGGGUGAAUUUUGCAAAACACAUCCAGGUCAUAUAACAAACUGAAUAUAUACAGAGAGGGGGAUGCCUAUUUUUCAUCAUCAUGACAAUAAGGCUAAUUUCUACCCCAAAUGUAAUAUAUAUUAUGAAGUAUUUUUACAUUUCAUUAUUAAUGGUAGGUUGCUUAGGAUAUAUGCUUAUUAAUUUAAUUAUAGUCAUUUUAACUGUAAAAUUAGUUACUGUGUUUUAACAAUUUAGGAUGAAAAUAAUAAUUAUAAAAUCGUAAUGUUCUUAAAAUCCUUUUGCUUAAGCUAAACAUAACACAUUUUUAUUUGAGUUCCGCUGUUAAAUGUGACCUACAUGGUUUCGUGAGAUUCACCCAUAACCUCAUGUAAACACUUUUCUGUUGCCUGCAGCUCAAAGAUGUAUGAGUGACAAUGCUAGCUAAACCUUUGGUAGUACUGAACAAAUAAUUUAACCUUUAAUAUGGAAUACUAAUUGUUCAUAAUUUUAAACAAAUUAAUCAUCAAUGUACAUUUUUUUCACACAUAAAGAGCUUCUGUGGAUGUGGCCAGAGUAGUAUUGAACAAACAAAAAACGGUGGAGCACUGCUUAGACAUGCCUUUCAUUAACUCUAAUUUAACCAUGGCAUUACUGUAUUUAUUAUAUUAUCUGUCUUUUUAAGGUCAUACGCACAGCUUCUGAACGAUCGAUGGCACUACAUGAAGUCUUAAAUUCACUGGCUCCAUUCUAUCUGUUACUUGAAAUACUCACAUAGAUCAAGUGUCGACUCUGAAUACUCUACUCAAUGCAGUUUUUACGCAUUUUCAGUAAGCUAGUUAACAAGAAAGUGUGUAUUUUAAGCUGAAGUGGAUGACAAUGGUGCUGAUUGUAGAAUCUCACUGAACUACUUUGUGAAUCUAGAUUUUGUUUUUCUUUGAAGGGCACUUGUGUAAUCUCUGCAAAUGACCACACAAGAUUGUUUUAUGCAAAAUGUGUUUAUUCUCUCUCAAGUGACCAUUGUUAGGAAGAGUGAUUGUAGUUUUGACAUUUGAAGAGAUGACAAACUUUUUUUGCGUACAGGGCUGAUAUAUGAGGUUUAGUGUAGCAAAGUAUCAUAGUAUUAGAGUGUGGAUGAAAUUUAGAGAGAACACAUCUUGCAAGGCCUGAUUUAUGAUGAUGAUGAGGUACAUUCUCAGUAUUUUUCAGUCAGGUAAUAUCCACACUGUUGUUUACUUGUUUGCAGCUUUUUUAUUUUGAACAAAUGGUGCCAUUGUAAGUCCAAAGGACUUUUUUGUUGUUAUUUUGCAGUGAUUUUUCUAAAUGGCCGUGAUCAGUGUUUUUGUCUAUACUAAGAGAACUUUGAGUGAGAAACUGCAUGGACAGCACUCUUUGCUACAAAAUCACUGGUUAUACUGGGUAAUGAUAAAUAAACUUGAAUUGAGAUA